GCGCGGCGGAACCCGGGAGCGGGCGGGGAGCGCCGCGGCGGGGCCGUUUGUGUGCCGGACCGCCGUGCCACGUCUGAGCAGCGCGGCCGCAGGGCAGCCCAGGCCGCCCGGAGCUCCGCGGGGCCGCCGCCGCCAUGGUCUCGGUAAUUAACACCGUGGACACGUCUCACGAGGACAUGAUCCACGAUGCGCAGAUGGAUUACUACGGCACGCGGCUCGCGACCUGCUCUUCGGACAGAUCCGUGAAAAUCUUUGAUGUUCGGAAUGGAGGGCAAAUCCUCAUUGCAGACCUGAGAGGGCACGAAGGUCCCGUGUGGCAGGUCGCCUGGGCUCACCCUAUGUACGGAAAUAUCUUGGCUUCCUGUUCCUAUGACAGGAAGGUUAUUAUCUGGAAGGAAGAAAAUGGCACUUGGGAGAAGACAUAUGAGUACACAGGGCACGAUUCCUCAGUGAACUCUGUCUGCUGGGCCCCACACGACUAUGGGUUGAUCCUGGCCUGCGGGAGCUCUGACGGGGCCAUUUCCUUACUGAGCUACACGGGUGACGGGCAGUGGGAACUCAAAAAGAUCAGCAACGCACAUACGAUUGGCUGUAAUGCAGUUAGCUGGGCUCCUGCGGUUGUACCAGGAAGCCUUAUAGAACAACCAUCUGGACAAAAACCAAACUACAUCAAAAGAUUUGCAUCUGGUGGCUGUGACAACCUUGUCAAGAUCUGGAAGGAAGAAGAUGGGCAGUGGAAGGAAGAGCAGAAGCUGGAGGCUCACAGCGACUGGGUCCGUGAUGUAGCCUGGGCUCCAUCCAUAGGUUUGCCAACCAGCACCAUUGCGAGCUGCUCACAGGACGGCAGAGUGUUUAUCUGGACGUGCGAUGAUGCCUCUGGAAACUCAUGGUCACCAAAGCUGCUGCACAAGUUCAAUGAUGUUGUCUGGCAUGUGAGUUGGUCCAUUACUGCAAAUAUCCUUGCAGUGUCUGGAGGAGACAACAAAGUCACGCUAUGGAAGGAAUCGGUUGAUGGACUGUGGGCAUGUAUCAGCGACGUCAACAAGGGCCAGGGAGGAAUGUCUGCCGUGACAGAGGGGCAGCAGAACGAGCAGUGACGUGUGUUCCGCCGGCAACAAGUGAUCAUGAUCCCCAGUUUGCAAUGUGUCUUGAAUCGGAUGAGAACUGAUUUUAUCUAAACUGGACAUGAACAUGGGAAACAACUAUCUGAUUUUAUGAGCACUCUAUUGCUAGGAGGCCACAAUAUGUUGAUAAUCAGCCCUAAUUGACAUUCCCUUAAAGUAAAGGUAAAGAGCAUAGCAAAGUACUGUGCCUUAUACUACUCCUUGAUGCUGUAGGAAUUGUACCCGGCUUUUCUGGUUUAGGGAUCAAAUUUAAUUGGAUUAUGGUGUGGUCAGACUUCAAGUACGUGAGUAGGAACAGGAGCUGUCAGAGGGGCGAGGUGUGGACUCCUCUGUGCAAGGGGACAAAUACUCCGUCCUGCCACAGGCCAGAGCAUCAUUUCGUGUGAGGGGAAGGGCUGGUGGAGCUUUUGGCAUCAUGUAACAACAUGCUAGCAAGCCCUUCUGGUAGAUUUGAAGUGGUGCUUAGAUCUUCCUUGAAAAUAAUGCUUUUGGAUAUAUAAAAGCCCGUGCUUUCCUGAAGAUGAAAAGGAGUAGUGAAAUGCAUAUGUCUUUUGCUUUACAAUAAUCUCAGACUUGGUUAUUAAACCAACAUCAAUAAAUCAAACCAUAAUUUGAAGAUUUUUUUUUAUUAGCCACACUUCUGUACUGCACCUCAGGUUUUUUUUUUUUGUCAAGAUACCAACAGAAUAAAGUCCUAUUGGUUAAA